AGAGCAAACUGCACACGUGACUAAUUUCAGGCACCAUUUUUGGUGAAUCAAAAAGCGAAAGUGUGCUGGAUUGUCCGACAGCAAGUUCAAAGCUAAAUCCACAGAUGACAACCGUUGUUUCAGCUCCUGGAAAAGUUUUGGUGACCGGUGGAUACCUCGUACUCGAUCCUAGCUACCACGGUCUUGUCAUCGGCACCAACGCCAGAUUCUACACUGUGAUUCAGUCCAAAGAUGAAGCAGAACACGGUACCAUCGUGGUCGAGUCUCCACAAUUUGAAAAUAGCACUUGGAAAUACACUUGCGGACUCAACGAGCAAGGCGUCAACGUCGUUCAGAGCUCUCCUGAAGGCCGCAACAAGUUUGUUGAGACAUGUAUUAAAAGCUGUAUGAGAGUCGUAUACGAAAAGGUCGGCGAACAGGCUCUGUUGUCGAAGCUCAAUGGAGGAUUGCGAAUGGUCAUUGUUGGAGACAACGACUUCUACUCUCAGCGCCUUCAGCUUCAGAAACGUAACCUUCCUACCACUAUGUCUUCGCUUCGAUCUCUUUCUCCAUUCUGUGAAACUCAUACUACUCUUGGUGAUGUCCAUAAGACUGGAUUGGGAAGCUCAGCAGCUCUGAUCACCUCCCUUGUUGGAGCUAUAUUUGUGCAUUUCGGUGCGGUGUCGUCAUUGGAAAAUGAAGCAGAUAGAGUUCUUGUUCACAAUACGGCUCAGCAAGCUCAUUGUUUGGCUCAAGGAAAAGUUGGCUCCGGUUUUGAUGUAUCUGCCGCCGUGUGGGGUAGUCACCGUUACCGAAGAUUUGAUCCCAAAGUGCUUGAACCUGCCAUGGAUGAGCAAGUGAAUGCCAAGACUCUGUACGAUAUUGUAUCGCCUGAUCAUUCCGCAUGGGAUAACAUCGUCACUCCUGUCAAGUUGCCGCAUCGCUUACAUAUGAUGCUUGCAGAUAUCGAUGCUGGCAGUCAUACCCCUACUCUUGUUGGCAAAGUUCUCAACUGGAGAAAAGAGAAUGCGUCGGAAGCUAAGGCACUAUGGGAUGAGUUGCAUAGCUACAAUACCAAAGUGGAACAAGACUUGCGAGAAUUGAACGCAUGCUUUGAGCAAGAUCAACAAACAUAUAACCAAUCCAUUGACAGAUUGGCAGCCAAGAAAGCAUCAGAGUGGAAGUCUAUGGACAGCCUGGAUGCAGUACAGGAAACGUUGUUGCGUUUGUAUGAAAAUUUCGAGAACGUACGACGCUUGAUCCGCGACAUGAGUGAAAAGUCCAAUGUUCCUAUUGAGCCUUCAGAGCAGACCAAACUUUUGGAUGCCUGCAUGGAUCGCCCUGGUGUGAUCAUGGCCGGCGUGCCUGGAGCUGGCGGAUAUGACGCUAUCUUCUGCAUUACUCUUAGUGAUGAAGCCAGUGCUCAAGUUGAGGAAGUAUGGCGUACAUGGACUGAGAUGAGCGUAGGCCCGUUGCUUGCUUCGGAAGACUCCAACGGUGCAAGAGUCGAAGAAUUAGAGAAAGUAAACGGCUUGGCUGAAGUAGUACGCCGUUAAUCGCAUCAUAACAUCCCAAAUCAAUGUAUUACCAUUAUUUAUAAAAAAAAAUAUAAGAGCCUUUAAUAGAUUGAAAAUCUGAGAAUAUUUCACAGUGGUGAAUAUGAGUGAAACGA